GCAAGAUGGCGGCCUUGCUUUGUCUUCUGUGAACAGGAGAGCUGCCGCCCACUCCGCGUGUCUUACCAGCUAGACAUGACGACAGAGAUCUGCAGUGCCAGCAAAUUGAACACAUUGGUGACAAAACUUCAUGAGUAUUUGGGCCACUCGUCUGAAGAGGAAAGCAACGAGCUCCCAGUCCCUGAGCGCUCUCGUGGUAAAAUGAGCACGACGUCCACUGAAAUAAACACUAUUGACAAAACCAUGGAAGAGCCAGGCAGCUCAACAGAAACAGUGAAGCCCUCCUCUUCUCGCUCAAAAAGGAAGCCCUCAGUUGUAACAAAGCACACUGGAUUAGAUGAGUCAGAUGCUUCCAAUGACAGUGGGAAUGAAAACGCCACAUCCACCCAUCCCUCAGAUUGUGGUCUUGAUAUGAACAGCUUGCCAAAAGGCACUGUGGUGGUGAGGCCCGAACCUGUCGCGAACGAAGCCAAAGAUGACUUCAGAGGCCCUGAGUUCCGCAGCAGGGGAGCAGCAAAGCUCAAAUCCGAGUUUCAACGGAAAAGAGUGGGUGAGCACUUGCAGGGGAUUGUCAGCUGCACUGCCUGCGGACAGCAGGUCAACCAUUUCCAGAAGGACUCCGUCUACCAGCAUCCAGUCCUCAAGGUGCUCAUAUGCAAGUCAUGUUUCAAGUACUACAUGAGUGAUGACAUUAGCAAGGACGCGGAUGGCAUGGAUGAACAGUGCAGGUGGUGCGCUGAAGGGGGCAACUUGAUAUGCUGUGACUUCUGCAGCAACGCCUUCUGCAGGAAGUGCAUCUUGCGCAACCUGGGCCGGAAGGAGCUGUCGAGCAUCAUGGACGAGGAGAGCCAGUGGUACUGCUACGUGUGCAGCCCAGAGCCUCUGGUUGACCUGGUGGCUGCCUGCGACAGCGUGUUGCAGAACCUGGAGCACCUGUGGCACCAGCACCGCAAGCGCUCGCGGGGUGAGCAUGACAAGGGGGGCGACGGCACACCCAAGCGCUCCCAGAAGGCUGCGCUCAAUGGCAAGGAGCACGGCACUGACGCACUGGGCUCGGGCACCCUGACUUUCACGUACAAAGCCUUGAGGGUGCCCAAGGAGCUGGUCAAGAAGGCCAAGAAGCUCAUCGAAACCACGGCAGGUCUGAACAACACGUUUGUCAAGUUCAUUCAGCAGGGUGCAAAGGAGCAGGACAACAGUCUGGUCAGGCUGAGGCACCUCAAGGCUUUCAAAUCGGUGCUAACUGACCUGAAGAAAGCCCACUCUGCCCUGGAGGUCGCUUUGGAACAGGAGUUUAAGGACCUGGAGCUGCAGAAUGGCGAUGAGAGCUCGUGUGAGGUCAAAACUGUCGGUUUGAUGCCGCAGAGGCAAAGCACGGCAGCCGACACAGAGGUCAUGGACAGCUUGCUCAACCGUGUUGGAGAACAUGGGGGUACCGCUGAAACGGCCGCAGACUGCUCCACGCACCGGAGCGAGGAACGCGCUGCUCCAGAAGACGUUGAAAUGAAGGAAAGCCCGACUUCUUCCCCACAGAAAGAUUCAGAGGUUGCGGGCAGAAGCAAAGCCAAAGAGAAGAGAGCAGACCUCGCAAAGGGCUCGGAAUGCGCCGAGGGCUCUGUGACGGCCAGCGAGCCCCCUCUCGAUAAGGACAUCGUGACGGUCCCGUUGUCUGUACCCGAUGAGCUCUUUGAGAUGGUGGAGAGUACCGCCGACUCCUCUGGGGUGGUGGAGAGGAGAGGGCAGAGCGUGGCCAAAGCCAAGAAGUCCUCCAGGUCCUCUAACUCGAGUAAGAUGUCCUGCAGUUCAGCUGAGGAUUCCCCUCAGGUGACUAAAGAUCUUGUGGUGAAGCUGACACCAGUACUGCUGAAUGAAAAUGAAACCCCUAGCCCUGCUGCCCACGUUAAGGAGGAAGCUGUGGAGGAAAGAGACGAGAACGCUGCUUUGGAAGACGAGGACGCUGAUGGUGCUCAGCUGCUGGAGGAUGGUCCAGAGAACAGACGUUCGCCGAGGGUGAAGACCACACCCCUGCGGAAGCAGGCUGAGAGUAAAAGCAGACCAUCCUGCUCACGGGAGAACAGCGAGAGCGACACGGAAAACGAAAGCUCCGUGAAGGCCGAAGCGGACAAAAACGGGGAGGAGGAGGGUGCUGGACAGGAACAAGGGCAAGAACGGCGGUCAAAAACUGCCGUCGCAUCCUCCAGCAGGGCGGACGACUCGGAUUCGGAUGAGGUCCCGGCGAUCCUGCUCCAAACGGCUGCCAUGACACCCAGCUCAGAUGCAGGCGACAGCAAAGACGAGGUUCCUCCCAAAAGUGUAACAAACAAGUGCCUGUUUCAGCUCAAUAAGAACAACAGUCAGUCUGUGGAGAGGAAGACCGUCAAGCGCAAGCUGAAGGUCAACUCCUCCGACUCCGAGCAGGGGCCACAGAAAUCCACGGCGAAGAAGACCUCCAAGAAGAAGGCGCGGAGCAGUUCAGACUCCUCAAACUAUGACUCAGACCUGGAGAAGGAGAUCAAGAAGCUGAGCAAGCUAGGCACGGCUAAGAGGGGGCCCCGCCGAGGCAAGAAACAGGAGGAGGGGGAGGGGGAGGAUGGAAAGAAGGAUGGUGGGAAAGAGGCGCAGAAUGUGCCUAAAAGGAAGAGGAGAACAGAGAGGCCGAAGAGAAGCCUGAAAUCUAGAAGUGCAGCGAAGCCGUCAUCUUCGUCUUCCAGUGACGAAGACGAAGGUCCCGACGAGUCUGGAGAUGAUAGCAGUGACCAGCAGAAGAUAAAGCCCAUCACAGAGGAGCUGGUGGCAGCAAAUGCUGACACUUUUCACCAGUCUUCAGGGGAGGAAGCCGAAAACAAACCCGAGCCCACGUUAACGGCCGACGACGACGAUGACGACGACCCUGAAAACAGAAUUGCAAAGAAGAUGCUGCUGGCACAAAUCAAGGCCAGUUAUUCUUCGGGAGAGGACAGCUCCUCAGACAACGGGGACUCCGAGAAGGAGGAGAAGAACAAACCAACGAGAGGUGGAGCUGAGGAGGAUGGGGGAGACGAAGAAGAAGCGGAGGCGUCAGAUCUGGACUCCGACUCGGACGUGGAUGUGAAGAAGACGCGUCACCGGCAUCGCCUGCUCCGCCACAAGCUCUCUUUGAGCGAGGGCGAGUCCGGGGACGACAAGCCUGCCGCCAAGGGCAAGAAGGACCGCAAGAGGAAGCACAGGAGGAAAGUGACCAGUGACGAUUCUGCCGAUUCGGACUUCGAGGAGUCUGCCGCAAGCGAGGGGUCGGCCCAGAGUGCUGCAUCCGGCAUGAGCGAGGAAGUCAGCGAGUCGGAGGGCGAGGAAAGCCGCCGCAAGACGAGGUCAUCGAAGAAGGCAAUGGAGGAAACACCGCGUAGCUACCAUCAGAAGAAGAAGCGGCGCCGCAUCAAGGUUCAAGAUGACUCCUCCAGCAAUGAGAAGAGUGGCUCCGCAGAGGAGGAAGAUGGAAAAGGAGACGAGGACGGUGAAGAUGACGAGUCUAAAAGCACCCCCAAGGGGCGCAAGAAGAUCCGUAAGAUCCUGAAGGAUGACAAGCUGCGUUCAGAGACCCAGAACGCCCUGAAAGAGGAGGAGGAGCGCCGGAAACGCAUCGCAGAGAGGGAGCAGCUGAGGGAGAAACUGAGAGAGGUUAUUGUAGUAGAGGAGGCCUCCCAGGUCACUUGUCCCAUCACCACCAAACUACUGCUGGAUGAGGAUGAGGAGACGAAGGAGCCACUGGUGCAGGUGCACAGGAACCUGGUGACCAAGCUGAAGCCCCACCAGGUGGAUGGAGUGCAGUUUAUGUGGGACUGCUGCUGUGAAUCUGUGAGGAAGACCAAGAAGUCUCCUGGGUCGGGGUGCAUCCUGGCACACUGCAUGGGCCUGGGAAAAACACUACAGGUGGUCACCUUCUUGCACACAAUGCUUCUGUGUGAGAAGCUGAACUUCAGGACGGCCCUGGUGGUGUGCCCGCUCAACACUGUCCUCAACUGGCUAAACGAGUUCGAGAAGUGGCAGGAGGGCAUGAAGGACGAGGAGUGUCUGGAGGUGACCGAGCUAGCCACGGUGAAGCGGCCUCAGGAGCGCGCCUACGCCUUGCAGCGCUGGCAGGAGGACGGUGGCAUCAUGAUCAUCGGCUACGAAAUGUACCGCAACCUCACGCAGGGCAGGAACAUCAAGAGCAAGAAGCUGAAGGAGGCCUUCCACAAAACACUGGUUGACCCAGGCCCCGACUUUGUGAUCUGCGACGAGGGGCACGUCCUCAAGAACGAGUCGUCGGCCAUUUCCAAAGCUAUGAAUUCUAUAAAGACGAAACGAAGAGUGGUGCUCACCGGAACUCCUCUGCAGAACAACCUCAUCGAGUAUCACUGCAUGGUGAACUUCAUCAAGGAGAACCUGCUGGGCUCGGUGAAGGAGUUCCGCAACCGCUUCAUCAACCCCAUCCAGAACGGCCAGUGUGCCGACUCCACCCUGGCAGACGUCCGUCUCAUGAAGAAACGAGCCCAUAUCCUGUACGAGAUGUUGGCAGGAUGUGUCCAGAGGCGAGACUACACGGCUUUGACGAAAUUCCUGCCUCCGAAACACGAGUACGUUCUUGCGGUGCGAGUGACGCCCAUCCAGUGCAAGCUCUACCGAUACUAUCUGGAGCACUUCACAGGUGUGGGCGCCGCUGUGGAGGGGGGCCGGGGCCGUGCCGGGACCAAGCUCUUCCAGGAUUUCCAGAUGCUCAGCAGAAUCUGGACCCAUCCCUGGUGUCUUCAGCUGGACUAUAUCAGCAAAGAAAACAAGGGCUACUUCGAUGAGGACAGCAUGGAGGAAUUCAUAGCGUCGGAGACGGAAGAGUCUUCUAUGAGCCUGACGUCUGAAGACGAGAAGGCGAAAAGGAAAAAGAAGCGGGGCAAGGGGAAGAAGGCCCUCACGGACGAGUCGGACAGCGACGACCUGGAGGUGAUCAAAGAGUGGAACACCAGUUCCCGGGGUGGUAAUCCCGAGGGGCGCAACAGGGCGGAGCCUGUGGAGGAAGCAAGAGCCUCCUCGAGCUCAGGCCCCGGCAGCCCCUCUCCGGACUGGUACAAGGAAUUUGUUACCGAAGCCGAUUCCGAGAUUCUCGAGCACUCCGGCAAGAUGGUGCUGCUUUUCGAAAUUCUCCGGAUGGCAGAGGAAGUUGAGGAAAAAGUGCUGGUGUUCAGUCAGUCUCUCAUCUCACUGGACUUGAUUGAGGACUUCCUGGAGCUGGCUUGUCGGGCCAAGGAAGAAGAAAAGCCUUCUCCGUAUAAAGGAGAGGGCAAGUGGUUCCGAAACAUAGACUACUACCGCUUGGACGGCUCCACCAAUGCCAUGACCAGAAAGAAGUGGGCCGAAGAGUUCAAUGACACCAGCAAUACUCGGGGUCGCCUGUUUCUCAUCUCUACAAGAGCUGGGUCUCUUGGGAUCAACCUGGUAGCUGCUAACAGGGUCAUCAUUUUUGAUGCUUCGUGGAACCCAUCCUACGACAUCCAGAGUAUUUUUAGGGUGUACCGCUUUGGCCAGCUCAAGACCGUCUUUGUGUACAGGUUCCUGGCGCAGGGCACCAUGGAGGACAAGAUCUAUGACCGGCAGGUGACCAAGCAGUCGCUCUCCUUCCGGGUGGUGGACCAGCAGCAAAUUGAGCGCCACUUCACCAUGAACGAGCUCACCGAGCUCUACACGUUCGAACCCGAUCAACUGGAUGACCCUAAUUCAGAGAAGAAGAGCAAGAGGGCGACGCCCAUGCUGCCCAAGGACCCUGUCCUAGCGGAGCUGCUGCACAGCUUCAAAGAGCAGAUCGUGGGCUACCAUGAGCACGACUCCUUGCUGGACCACAAGGAGGAGGAGGCCCUCAGCGAGGAGGACCGUAAAGCCGCCUGGGCCGAGUACGAGGCGGAGAAGAAGGGUCUGUCGCUGCGGGUGAACCAGCCGUCCUACCCCCAGCUGGGCAUGGGCCCCGGCAACUCCUACUUCCCCUUCAACAUAGCCGCACUGGCCAGCAUGACCAACCAGCAGCUGGAGGACCUGAUAAACCAAGGUCGACAGAAGGUGAUGGAGGCCACCAACUCUCUGAAGUCCAUCCCUAGAGAGACGCUGGAAGAAACCAUUCAGCGUGUGCGGACGGAGAACCGCAACCUGAGCGAGGCGCAGCUGCAGUCGAUGGCGCUGGGCCGGCAGGCAAGUCUGGACUUGGAGCUGAAGCGGCGGGAGGCCGUGUACCGCGACGUGCUCAGCAAGCAGCAGACGCUGAUGAUGUACGUCCAGAAGGUGAUCACCAACAGGAAGGUGCAGGAGCAGCAGAUCGCCAUGGCGAACCGGGCCAACUUGCUGAGCCAGCUGGCCCUGCAGAACGGCAUGAUGGGCCCGGCCGGUCUCACCCAGAUGGAGCUCCUGGGCCUGUACCAGCAGCUGGGCAGCCAGCUGUCUCACACCCUGCAGAGUGUGCCCACUUCUGCCACCCAGCUGGGCAAAAACCCAGGCCCCUCCAAGGGCAACUAGUGGCCAGCAGCCCCACGCCCAUGCACUGUCAUCGCCCUGCCAAGGGUCCCAGGCCGAGCACUUGCGGACAGACGGCAUGAAAAAACAUAUUUCCCUCCUGAGAGAAGUAUGCAAAAGUCUAAGGACAAUUUAAAGGGGUAUGAUAUAGUGUGUGUAUAUAUCCUUAUUAUUCAAGUUCUAUUCUCAUUUUUUCCAGGUAUUUAAAAAUAACUUUUUUCCCCCCACAAAUGCUUUUAAGCAUUGCAUCAUUCUUUUCAUUACAAUUCCUUUUCCCCCUUAAAGGAGGGCUGUUAAUUAUUUAAAAUGUUUUUAUAUGGUAUAUGAAUGCCUAAUAUAGAAGACUAACAACACCUAAGUGGGACCAUAGUAUUGCUCGUGACACAUUUGUACGACAUAAAGCACCUGCUCUCUCGAAGCAGGAACACGACCCCCAGCAGACAGCUAGUUCUCCAGGAGAGCCUGGUACGCACACCCAACUCAGAUGUUAUGGCCUUAUAUCAUCAACUCCCCCUAAACACUUGUAAAUGACUUUUAAGAUACAUUGUAUCUUUUUUUUUUUUUUUUUUUUUUUUUAAAAAAAAUAUGUAUUCUGCUUUCAGGCAGUUACACCUAGUUGUUGCUAAUCAUGGUAUGGAAUGCUUGUGUUGUUGAAACUGCUUGCUGGAUUCUCUGGACUUUUGUAACCUCAAGUUCUUGUUGUAAAGUGUUGCCUAGCAUAGUACUGUGGGUACCGUUCAUGUUAUUUUUUUAUUUCAGUUUUUUUUUUUGGUUUGUUUGUUUUUUUUUUUUUGUUUGUUUUUUCGUUCCACUUGUGUUGUGUUCUAACUUCGGCACAUUUUUGCUUCCGAUGCUAAACUGGCGUAGAAGUGAUGACAAGGAACUGAGUUCUUUCUUAUUGGAGACUGUAAUCUCCUUCAAUUGCACAAGGUGUAUUUCAUAAAUGUAGAGGAACUUUUCUCCCCCAGUCCCAAGAAUGUUCUCCUGUUAGCAAAUACACCUACUUGUUUUGCCAUUAAUCUGAUCUGCUAUUUACUAGAUAAGUAUUUAAUAUUACAUUUAAUAAAGUGACCAAAAGGGUGUUGUUAUUGUAUUCCUGAUGUCGUUCUUGCAUUUGUAUUGGUUACUAGACCAGAAAAAAGAGGAAGUACAUGUUGCCUUUGCUACUCCGUAUGGCUACUCAGUACAGUAAAUAUCUUAAUUAUACCAUU